ACCUGAUUUCUAUAUGGAAACUUACUGAAAGAGAAAGUGAUACAAUGUCGUAAACCACAAGGUAUGUUCGUUACCAUCGAGAGCGAAAUCAUGUUAGUCAACGACGUGGAUCGCUUGUGGACAGUUAGUGGAAACCAUGCUGCGAAUUUUAAUGAUUUCAUCAAUAAUCUAUUCGUUGGAUUUACUGAGUGCUCAUCCUUUGGAGGAACCGACAAAAUUCACUCUUGGCAACUUACAAAAUAAUACUGAAAACGUCAUACCCUCAAAACUGGAAGUAACAAAGCAAAUAAACAGCAAAUUUCGAAAUAAUCUUGAGCCUUCAAUUAAAUCUAACAAAUCUCAAAAUCGCAGAUCUGUACUACCUGUACAAAAUACAACACCAAUAGUAUUAGUUAAUCCGAUACCGCAAGAAAGAAUUCGUUUAGAAAAUGAAACCGCCCAAGCUAUUUUAGAAAGACGAAAACCUGACAAUAUCAGGCAACUUUUGGAUAGUUUAUUAACACCAAAGCCACUCGUUGAUCGAAUUAAGGAUGAAGAAAAAUAUGGUAAUAGAGGAGAUAAAUUUAUUGGAAUCGGAAGGGCUUUUGUUAACGGUUACGAGAAUUUUAGUAAUUUUUUGAAUACUUUAGUGGAGAUCCCCGCUGAUAUCGCUAAACGAACUUCUCAAAGAAUAACGCAAACAUUGAAUGAAUUAGGAGCACGUAUCGUCGGACUUGAGUGAUAAAUAUAAAAUGAAUAUAAAUUAAUC